AUGGCUUACUCAUCGGCGGGAAGCGAAAUUGGCUACAUUGGCUUUUUAAUUUGGUUUUGGGUUGAACUAUUGCUUCCUGCAAGAACGGCUACUUCCAACUACCAGUAUCGGCAGGGCGUAGAGUACGAUAAAAACGUAAAACCAGGCACCCUCACGGAUGUGUCCGUAUCGCUGUACAUUAACCGUAUAUCAGGCGUGGAUGAAAACAAGGAAGAAAUUUCCUUUGAUGUUUUCCUGCAAAUAACGUGGGAAGAGCUCCGGAUACAGCCGGUCCUGGCGGCCGGCAGUAUGGUGGGCGAGUACGUGGAGUUGACCAAGGCCGACAGGGACAUGCUAUGGGUGCCGGAUCUGUACAUUAGGCAGCUGCGUGAAAUGAAAAUGCUAACACUGUUCGAGGAAAUUUCCAGCCUGCGGUUGUACGAAAACAGCACCAUCAGCUUGAGCAUAGGAGCCACCAUUAUCAUUAAGUGUGACAUGGACUUUGUGCUUUACCCGCUGGACGUGCAAAGAUGUCCUGUUGAUUUCAGCAGUUAUAAAUACCCCGUGAAAGAUCUAAGAUUUCGCUGGAGAUCCGAAAAUGCGCUCUCCUUCCCCAAUGACUUUGGGGAUGGUUUUUUUCGGCUUCCAAAAUAUGUGGUUUCAUUUUACACCGAACAAGAAUCACAAAUAGUCAAUUAUAGCGAUGAUAAUCAUAGUUCAGCUAGACUAGAGAUCACCCUGUCGAGAGAAGUAAAAAGUUAUCUGUUGGAAAAUUACCUUCCUUCUACAUUGUUCGUAUCCAUAUCGUGGGGUUCAUUCGUCGUCGUACCAGAAAUCGUACCGGGGCGAAUGGUCCUGCUAGUAACUACACUGCUCUCAUUGAUUACCAUGUUCGACACCGUGCGGAACAAUUCGCCGGAUGCAUUAGAACUUAAGUGCCUUGAGGUGUGGCUCAUAUCAUGUACUUUAUUCGUGUUCUUCGCAUUGAUGGAGUACUUUAUCGUGCUGUUUGGCAUACGAUACGAUAAGCAUUGGCGAGUGGCCAAGGCGCAUCACCAGCAUGCAUGCGCAUCGAUGAUCCCUCCUCCUUCCAUUACUCUGCAAUCAGCAGUGACGAUGGCUCAACAAAACACUACGAUAGAUGCUUCGCGAGAAAAUGGCCUAGAACAUACCACGCUAAAAGUGACUGGUAAUAACAAAAUUCAGCCCCAUGAUCACAACAAAACGCCAUCGCAUUCGUCGGCGUCUCUUGGCAAUAUCCAGGAUACUGUUCAAAAUGCCCAAAAAGUAUCGUCUGUAAUGACAAGAAAAAGGUUUCGAAACGUGGCAGAUGUUGCCUUGCUAUACGCAGGAUCGCAACGGGGCAGAUUGGAUCAGCUUUCUUUGAUUAUUUUUCCAGUCAGCUUUCUAAUAUUCACAAUUUCCUAUUGGACCAUGUACCUAACGGAAUCAAAAAAGAAACUUUAA